ACAAACGAAUGCCACAACGUUUAAAUCGUUCUUGUAGCGUUUCAUACCUCUAAGGGGAAAGCCAAUUGAAAUUUGUGAAGGAAACAUCAGCCGUUCGAGUGAAGUAAAAAAAUAUCUAAUGUCAUGGACAAUUCUGAAACAUGAGAAAACAUUGAAUCAAUCCAGUACAUAGACCAUGAUAACCAAACAGAACAAGAGAAGAAUUAGAAAAUGAAUACGAAGAAAGUCCAAUUUUAAAACAACCGAAAAACAAAGGAGCAAUAAUUUAGCAUAAGAAAUGAAGUUGCUGAUAGUCCAUCAAAUGAAAAACACUAUGUAUUAAGAGAUACAAGGAUUUCCCUUCAGAGAACUAAAUUAAUUGAUAUAAAUUAAGAAACAGAAAUUAAUUGAUAUAAAUUAAAAAGCAGUAGAAGAAAAUCCAGGGGAUACAGACAACAAUAGUCUAGAAGCCUCUAACAAGAAAGAAUAAGAAGAGCUCGAAGAGAUCAGAUAAUCAUCAGACAUCCUGUCAUUUCAGUAAUAUGAUUGAAGUCUUUUAGCAGCUUAUUGCACUGCUAUAUCAUGAGUGAUUUUGAUAUUAGUGGCUCUGAUUCUGAGCCUGUCUCAGACAUCAACCCAGAGGAGAUGGCUAAGUUAAUGGCAGAUUUAGGUGACGUCGAUGAUGUUUUUAAAAGUUCUGAAAAGCCUCCUGCAAAGAUCAAGCCUACAGCUGAAAAGGAAAAGACCAGAGAUGAAGGCCAACGGGUCACAUUUGAUAAGAAGCAGCCAGAAGAGGAUGAUGAUUGGGAUGCUGAUGAUCUCUUGCAGUCUGAUGAUGAUAUUCCAAAAAUGAAAACUCAGAAAUCUAAAUCUCCAGGUAAGCAUAUUAAGUCAGGCAGUCCUGAAAGCAAAAUUACUCAAAGUGAUGGCAAAGAUAGAAGAAAUUUAACCAAAACCAAGCUAAUGGCUGACUUAUUUACUGGGAAUUCUGAGGAUAAAAUAGAAAUGCCAGCAAAGAGUAGAUCAGAACUGUCUUCUGCAUCUGAUAUAGGAUCAGGAAAGAAAGAUAAGAGCAAGCUCAUGGCAGAGCUAUUCGGAAGUAAUGAUGCUGCAACAGAAAAAAGUUCACACACUAGACAGAAUAUAAAAAAAUCAAAAGAUGAGGUAACUUUUGAUGAUGAUGAUGAUGAUUUAUUUAGUGGUUUUGGGGAGUCAAAAAGAAAGGCAAAGGCUGUUUCUGACUCUCCAAAAGGUAAAGGUUUCCUUGACAGCUUAUUAGCAAAAAGUAAUGCCUCAGAUGAUAAACAAACAGAUAAGAAAAAUACUUCAGAAUUUAUUUUGGAUGAGAAAUACAAAAAUAUGAGUAAAGCUAAGAAAAAAGAUCAAGAAAGUUUUGGAGAUUACAUGCCAUCUGCUGGAAAACCUGAUAGUCCUCGGAGAAGGACACCACAGAAGGCACCUGCCAGUGACCCUUUUGAUAUUUUUGGUGAUAAAGAACCCAGAAGACCCAAUGCAAGAUCAGCAGCUCGGAGAAAGACUUUUGAAUCAGAUGAUGGUAUAAAAGGGAAUAUGCAGUGUAAGAAAGGACCAAGUAGACAGUUGGAGAAGGAAAAGGGGACAAAAAAUGAAAGUGAUUUAAAUAAAGGAGAUGCAGAUAGUUCAUUUAAGCAGUUACAGUCAGAAAGUCAGAGAAGAGAUGUUGGAGGUGGUAAUAAAAGUGACUGGCUGUUUGAUGGUUUGGAAAGUGAAACGCAUCAAAUGAAGAAGGUAGAAACAGCAUUUAAAUCAGCCGAACUAAAAGAUGAUAGCAUCCCAAGAAUCUCACCCUCAGUCAGCAAAAGUCCGAACUGGCUUGGGAACCUUUUAUCAACGGACACGAAACACUCAAGUGAAUUUAAACAGUAUAAAUAUGAAUUCAACUGGCGAUGAUGACCACCUUAAGGAAUUGAUGGUUAAAUUACGGAGUGCAGAAAUCGAGGUUGCAAGAUUGCAAGCUGAACUGGAGUUGAUUCAUAAUCAACAUUCAAAAGAAAUAUCAAUAUUGGAAAAUGCUAAUGUAAGAAGGAUGAAUAUAGAAAAAGAGGUUUGGGAACAGACGGAAAAGCACUUACGAGAACAGAGAGACUCCGUAGUAAAUGAACUUCAGAGCAAGCUCUCCACCUUACAGUUGGAAAAGGACAGCUUGGUAGCUGCAUAUGAAGUUCAGCUGGGACAUGUAAAGUCUGAGUGGUCCCAGGCAUUGGAAAGAACAAAGGAAUUAUACAUGGGAAUAAUGGAGAAGAUGAAAGAAGAACACAAUGCAGCUCUACAAAGGAUUACUGAUCUAAAAGAACUAGAGCUGAAAGCAGCUGUCUCUGCCACAGGACAUGCAAGGGAGAUGGAGGUCGUGAUGAAUCAGCUAGAAAGUAAUGCAUCCAACCUUUCAGAGAUAUCAGCAGUCAUUAACAGCAAGCAAGAUUCAGCAUUGGAAAUGAUGCAAAGAGCACUGAAGAUUAAGGAGAAACAGUUACAAGAUUUUGAAGCCCAGCUUGCAGCCACACAGGCAGAAAAUGAAAGUGAGAGAGGGAGGCUUAAUGCUCUCAUUCAUAGACUGGAAAAUACUUUAGUUCAACAAGGGUCAGAGGUUGAAAAAGAAAGAUGGAGCUUUGCACAGAAACAAAUGAAGAUUGAAAUAGAAAGGCAAGCCAUAGCAGAAGAAAGAAGACAUUUACAGUUCAGUGUAGAAACCGAGAGGCAGAACCUUGCUAAAACUCGUGAAAUGUUAAUAGAGGAACACCGAGGAAUGCUGCAGGAUGUAGCAAAACAGAAACAAGAGAUAGAGGCACAGCAAGCACAAUUAAAAAAGAAGAAUCUAAAUGAAUUGUACUCUACGAAUAUUAUUCCUGCAACAAACAACUUCAGCCUGAAUCAAGGUAAUCUAGACGCAGAGUCCACCUUCUUAAACAAUGAGCAUCGUCGCUUAAAGGAAAAACUUGCAGCAAUUCAACGUCGAGAACAAGAAGUGAGAGAAAACGAGGACAGAUCAGAAGAACUUUCUUUCCAACUUGAACAAGAGAAAGUCAGGAUGGAGCUGGAGCGAGAAGUUGUUCUUCAAGAAAAGAAAUCUGCGUCUAGAAAAGUCGAAGAAGCUGAAGCUAUCCAGCAAGAAUUGCAGGCAAUGCGGCAGGCUCAGCAGGCAAGAGUAUCACAAAUCAAGUCACAGACUGCUGCCCUUCAUGCAAAUCAAGAGAGAAUGGAAAAGGAACGGCAAAGGCUCGACCUAGCCAAAAAAGAUGUUAUGCAUUCUGUACAAUUGGGAUUAUGUCCAAGUUGUCAGAGUAAGAGAGGAAAUGAAAUUAUUGUGGAUCUUGUUAGCAAAUAUUCUGCAACUAGUCGUGUUCCAGGCGAUGGAGGAGAAGGCCACACAAACAACAAGAUGGAAAAACAUAAUAGUAUAAGCCUGGCUCCAUCCUCUGUUCUUGCUCGCCUGACCGCUGCUCGGGAGCACGAAAAUUUUGAGCGAGAGAAGAGGCUGCAGCAGAUUUCAGCCAUAGAAUCAUCUUGAAAAUCAUUAUGUCAGACGCUUUUAGUGUUGCAAAUUAUUAGAAUCGUGACCAUGUGCUGAAUUCUUUCAGGGUGUGGUGAAUAUUAGCUACAUUGUAAGAAAUAUAUAAUACUGAAAUUU